AUGGCAGCAAAAAAAAAUAAGGCUAAAAACUCCUCCGCCUCUGUAACUAUGAGAAGAAAGAACGAUAUGGUUCAGGAUGAACGUUUGCAAGCAGUUGUAUUAACGGAUUCUUUUGAUACAAAAUUUAUGCCAUUGACGCAGACAAUACCAAGAUGUUUACUACCAUUAGCAAAUAUUCCACUAAUUGAAUAUACUCUAGAAUUGUUAGCGAAGUCUGGUGUUAAUGAAGUUUAUCUUAUCUGUGCUUCUCAUGCUGAUCAAAUCCAGGAAUAUGUUGAUAAUUGUAAAUGGAAUCUACCGUGGUCUCCAUUUAAGAUUUCCACUAUAUUGUCACCGGAAUCUAGGUCUGUAGGUGAUGCUUUAAGAGAUUUAGAUAACCGUGGCUUAAUUACAAACGAUUUUAUCCUGGUUAGUGGUGAUUUAGUUACUAAUAUGGAGCUUGGAAAGGCCCUAGAGUUCCACAAAGCAAAGAAAGCCGAGGAUAAAGAACAUAUCGUAACUAUGUGUCUCAGUAAAGCAACUCAAUUUCAUAAAAUCAGGUCUCAUGAAGCUGCUGUCUUUAUGCUAGACAAGUCCAACGACCGUUGCCUGUACUAUGAGGAAAUUCCUUUAGCAUCAUCAAAAAAGAAGACUGCUAUUGAUGUAGAUCCAGAACUUUUAGAAAGUGUUGAAGAAUUCAGUUUAAGAAACGACUUAAUUGACUGCCACGUGGAUAUUUGUUCUCCUCAUGUUCCUCCUAUAUUUCAAGAAAACUUCGAUUAUCAGGACCUCAGAAAGGACUUUGUUAAAGGUGUUUUGACCAGUGAUCUAAUGAAAAAGCAUAUAUAUACUUAUAUUACCGACGAAUAUGUUGCUAGAGCUGAAAGUUGGCAAACCUACGAUGCUAUUUCACAGGAUUUCUUGGCAAGAUGGUGCUACCCGUUGGUUCUAAACGCCAAUUUAUUGGAGGACCAGACCUAUUCAUACGAAUCUAAGCAUAUCUACAAAGAAAAAGACGUCAUUUUAGCCCAAUCCUGUAAGAUCGGAAAAUGCACAGCAAUUGGUUCAGGAUCAACUAUCAGUGAGGGUACCUUUAUCAUAAAUUCUGUCAUUGGCAGAAAUUGUCACAUAGGUGCCAAUGUUAAGAUUGUGAAUAGUUACAUCUGGGAUGGCGUAGUUAUCAAAGCCAGAACAUCUGUAAACCACUCCAUUGUCGCAUCUAAGUCAACUUUGGGCGAGGACGUCACUUUAGAGGAUGGAUGUGUAAUUGGGUUCGGCGUUGUAAUUGCUGACGGCCAAACCAUUCCUAGCGGUAUUAGAAUCGCCGCAAACCAGCUCACACCAAAAGUCAACUCGACCUACACUAAAACAUAUGGCAGUGAUGAUGAUGGGGAGUUUGAGCUUUCUUCUUCGUCGUCUACUCGCUACAAUGCCAAGGCAACAGAUCUUGUUGGAAAGGGCGGCGUGGGCUAUGUUUUCGAAAGUGACGUCUCAGAUAACGAAGAUGAUACCGAAGACGGCGAAGGUUUACGGACUAACACCUUGUGCUACCGUAUGGACGAACUGUACCUUUCUGACGCUUCCAUCAGCUCAACUAGCGCCAAAGCAAAGAAAAAGAGAACCAUGUCCGUUACCAGCUUCUUCACAGAUCGUGAGGAAGGCUCCGAUCUCUCUGAUGAAGAAGAGAACUUUGAAAGAGAAGCCAUUGCGACUGUUGAGAGAGCCAUUGAAAAUAACCACGACAUAGACACUGCCCUCUUGGAACUAAACACUUUGCGAAUGUCCAUGAACGUCACAUACCAUGAAGUAAGAAAUGCAACUGUCAUUGCUAUGUUAAAGCGUGUUUACCACUUCAUUACCACCCAAACCCUAGGUCCAAAAGAUGCAGUAUUAAAGGUAUUCAAUCAAUGGGGCGCCUUAUUUAACAGGCAGGUCUUCGACACUGCUGAGCGCAUCGAUCUCAUGAAUAUCAUAACCAAUCAAGUUCUCCUCCAAGGUUUUGAAAGAUCAGAUUUCAUCCUUUUUAACAUUCACAACUGUCUAUAUGACCAAGAGAUCGUUGAUGAAGAUGUCAUCUACGAAUGGUGGGACAGUACCGCUUCAAACCCUAAAUACGCCGCUGUUACCUCUCUUACCGCCAAGUGGGUAGAAUGGCUGAAGAACGCCGACGAAGAGUCUUCUGACGCAUCCUCCGACAAUGAAAUAGAAGAAGAUUAA